UUGAACUGUAUGAAAAAAGCGAGGUGUCCUGAUAGUAUGCCUGGCAACGACAAAACAAGAUGGCGAAGGUGGUCAUUGCAGGGAAAGCUGACUGUCCUUACUAUGCCAGAUGUGAGCUUCUUGGGGACAAACUAGCAAAAAACCUUCCAGACUUUUGUCUCCACAAAAUCGUGAAACAGAAUGACGAAUGGGAGAAAUGGCUUAAGGCAACUUGCAAUGAGCGUGGAUGGACGCACAUGAAGUCGCCAAUUGUAUGGAGGGAGUUGAUUGAUCGUGGUGGAAAAGGUGUCUUGAUCGGAGGUGCAAAUGAUUUCCAGGAGUAUGCUCAUGGAUACUAUGGCAUGGAAUCGGAACUUCUCAGCUCCGAUAUGCUUAAAAUCUCCAAGGAAAACUUACAGUACAAAAAAGAAGUUGAUGAAGAAGAGAAAGAAUUCAAAGCCCAGAGUAAACCUCUUCAUGUGUGUCUCACAGUGGCAUCUAAUCCUGCCUGCUAUGCCAUGGUGAAUGCCAUCUCCAAGGGGGAUGUGUUUGGUAGCAAACAGGAAGUGGCUCUCCAUCUAUAUGAUGCUAACGAUAAAAUGGAAAUGCUGGAAGGAUUAAGGAUGGAGGCCAUCGACCUGGCCCAUGGACUUUUGAGGGACGUAACAGUCGAAUCAAAUUUGUGUAAGGCUUUCAGUAACUGCAGUGCAAUCAUCCUUAUGGAUGAGGUUGUGAGGAAUGAAGGGGAAGAUAAGGACUCGUGGUACAAAAGAAAUUCAAACCUGUUCUGUAAUUAUGCAAAAAUUAUAAAUGAUGUGGCUAGAAAGAAUGUGAAGGUUCUCUUGACAGGUGAUGGACCAGUCAAUUUUAAUGUAUUUAUGAUGCUUCAGAAUGCUCCAAAUAUCCCCCGUCAAAACUUCGCAGGAUUGUCAAGAAUGUUGGAAAACCACACAAAGGCUGUGAUUGCAGACAAGCUGAAGGUCAAUUCUAGUGGAGUUGUGAAUGUGGUAAUCUGGGGAAAUGUUAGCGGCGAAUAUUACAUUGAUCUUGAAACCAGUCGCGUCCAUGGAUACGAGGGAGCCAUCUGGGGACCGCCAUCUUUCUCCUUACCAACCAAGGAGAUGAUCUGGGACAAGCAAUGGCUUGCCAAGGAGUUCCCCGAACUUGUCAAGGCAAGGAAAGCCAUGGUGGAGGAGGCUCUGAACCAUGGAGCCUACAUGUCUAAGGGAGCAGCCAUAGCUACAAUGCUGGGCCACUGGUGGACUGGAUCUCCCAGUGGAGAGAUCUUUUCUCUUGCAGUUUGUUCAGAGGGUUGGUAUGGCGUCCCAGAUGGACUUGUUUACUCCUUCCCGGUAACCAUGCACCCCAAGGGUUACUGGUAUGUUGUCGAGGACAUUGACCUCACAGAGGAGGUCAAGGAGACACUCAAGGUCACAGUACAGGAUUUAAUAUCUGAGAAGGAAAUUAUGUACCCUCCACCAAAACCCCCGACCCCUCCCCAAGGUGAGGUCAAGGUCACCAUUAUGGAACCCAAGGAGGUAGCUGCAGCCUCUGAAAAAGAGGAAGAAAAGAAAGAAGAAUCUGGAGAGGAAGGUAGCACACCGGGGACAGCUGAUUCGGCUGUAGAGGUAGACUCGUCCAAUGAGCCGAAGCUGGAGACCAUCGUGGAGGAGAAGGGCGCCAAUGACAACGUUAAUGGUAACGCCACAGUGGCAGACAGAAGUGCCAAUGAAGAGAAGGUAGACGACUCCGCACAGGAAGCUGAACAAACGACACCUGCUGAAAACGCUGAAUGAUAACGACCCAAAUAAACUCAUUUUUAAAUCAAGAUGAAUAAUGUAAAAUAUAAAAUCCCCAGGCUGGGAAGACAUUUUUGACCACACUUGGACAUUGUUUUAUAGACAUAAAGAACUUAUUAAGCCCCUCAGUGACAUGCCUUUUGUGUUAUCACUUGACAAGCUUGUCUGUUAGGUUGUUGUCAUGGUGCGAAGCUGUGUUGUCGUCUCAUUAUAGAGGUAUCUUCUGGUUCUUCUCACAGUUUAUCAAAUUCCGUCAUGUCAGGUGUGUUUCGCGUUAUCAAGAAAUCACCCUGAUUUUUCCAGAUACUUGAAGUUGAACCACAAUAUCUGUCUUAAAUUGAUUGGUCAUUGAUUUUGAUAUAAAGAUAUUUCUUCAUUUUAAGACUUGCUUGGGCUUGCAAUAUAAAUGUACUUCAGUCAAAUAAAAAAAAGUUUUUGCAAAAAAGAAAAAAAAAAAGAAAAUAUGACUUCAUAUAUAUAUAUAGUUGUUGGUGUAAAUGUAAAGGAAUUGAAAAUCUAUACAAAAGAAGAUUAAAGAAAUGAUCAAAUAUUUAUUUUUCGAAAUUGAGAAAAAUGUCUGUGACUGAUAAAAGUGUGCCUCUAUUGAGCAGAUCUUUGUGUACCAUAUUUGUGUGUUCAUCGAUAACUUGUAUGACACAUGUACAGCUGUAGGAUUAUCUAUCAUUGUCGCAUUUGUAUAUAUAUAUAUAUCAUCAAGCACUUUUUAUUAAAAUUCUAAAUAAUAAUAUUAAAA